AUGGUUCAGGACAAGCCAGACUCGUUUGCCGCCUUUGCGCAUCUACUAUCGCCUCUACUACUCAAGGCACUAUCAGACCUUGGCUUCGCGCGACCUACACUCGUACAACAUAAGGCUAUUCCUCUGGCGCUUGAGAACCGUGAUGUCUUGGCUCGCGCGCGCACCGGCAGUGGAAAGACUGCUGCAUACUCCAUCCCUCUAGUGCAGAAAAUAAUCAACGCGAAGACUCCGCUUAGCUACUCCGACGAGAAUCGACAGUGCACGCGGGCCCUCAUCUUCGUGCCCACCAAAGAACUGGCAGAGCAGGUCUCUAGUCAUAUCAAGAGCCUGACAAAAUACUGCGAGAGCGACUUUGUGAUCGCAAAUGUUGCGGGCGGGGUUGGGGGACAGGCUCAGCGGCAACUACUCGCGGAUAAACCGGACGUCGUGAUCGGAACGCCUGCCAAAAUACUGGCAUUACUACAGGCGAAGACACUUUCCUUGUCACAUCUCGAGUCCCUUGUCAUUGACGAGGCCGACCUCAUCCUUUCCUACGGUCACGACGAAGACGUGAAGGCGAUCUUCGAAGGUGGUUUCUUACCGAAGGUCUACCAGAGCUUUCUCAUGAGUGCGACGAUGACCGAGGACGUCGAUGUGCUCAAGGGCUUGGCCUUGAGAAACCCUGUCACUCUCAAGUUACAGGAGGAUGAGGAUGAAGCGGCGACUCUCCAGCAAUACUCUGUCAAGUGCUCUGAGGUCGACAAGUUCCUGCUGACCUACGUUAUCCUCAAGCUCAAGCUCAUCAAGGGGAAAUGCAUCUUGUUUGUCAACGACGUCGACCGCUGCUAUCGCCUCAAACUUUUCUUGGAGCAGUUCUCCAUAAAGAGUUGCGUCCUGAACUCAGAGCUGCCGCUCAAUUCAAGAUAUCAUGUCGUCCAAGAAUUUAACAAGGGCGUCUACGAUUAUAUCAUCGCGACAGAUGAAGGUGGAAAGAUUGAGAUGGAUGACCCAGACGCCGAGGUACCGGAAAAGGCGGAGGUUGAGGUCGAAGAUGAGGGCGAGGGUAAGGAUGGGGACGCUGAAGAAGCUGACUUCAUCUCAACGCAACGUCAGCCUGAGGCUGGCCCUUCCUCGCCUGCGCCCGAGUCCACACCAAGUUCGAAGAAGCGUAAACGCGGGUCCCCACCGCCCAGUGAACGGUCUCGAAGACGCAAGUCACGCAAGGCCGAUAACGAAUACGGAGUAACUCGCGGUGUAGACUUCAUCGACGUGGCUUGUGUUCUUAACUUCGAUCUGCCUACGACGGCCCGCUCAUACACUCAUCGGGUUGGGCGCACCGCGCGUGCCGGGCGUUCCGGCAUGUCACUCUCCUUCGUCUUGCCGAAAGACGAGUUUGGGAAAGACAAGUCUGUUGGGGGCGUCCCUACAACACUGCACGACGAAAAGGUGUGGGCGCGGAUUGAGGCGGACCAGGCUGCCCGCGGUAGCAAAGUGCGCGAGUACAAAUUCGACAUGAAGCAAGUGGAGGCCUUCCGUUAUCGUAUGGGUGACGCGCUCAGGGCGGUGACCAAGAGUGCGGUACGCGAAGCCCGGGUGAAGGAGCUCAAGCAAGAGAUCUUGAAUUCGGAUAAGCUCAAGGCACACUUCGAGGAUAAUCCACUCGACUUGGAGUUCCUUCGGCAUGACAAGCCGCUUCAUCCGACCCGCGUGCAAUCGCACAUGAAGCACAUCCCGAAGUACCUUCUUCCGCGCGUCGCUUCUGUCCAGAAUGCGCAGGCAGAGCAAGCCGAUCAAGACGCGUCGCCCGCCGCUACUCCGAAAGAUGUCGGCUUCGUGCCCUUCACAAAGAGCGGACGGGGAAGGGGGAGAGGUCGUGGCCGUGGCGGGAAGUUCGGAGGCGGCGGGCGCGGAGGGAAGAAAAGUGAUCCGCUCAAAAAAUUCCGAUAG